GAGGGCCCUAAGAGCUAGGCUCCAGACAGAGUGACCAUGGCUGUCUCUGCACCUCCGGUGAUCUCUGCAACUUCCAGCAGCGCCGGCGUCCCGGGGGGUUUAUUCCGUGCUGAACCUCUGUAUUCGUCUCCAGGGGAGCCCCCGCGUCUAGCCCCUAAUCUGAUCAACAGUUUCAUGGCCAAUAAUCACAGUGGCAGUGUCGGGGGUGGCGGGAUUGGUGGUGGCAGCGGUGGCAGCAGCAACACCAACAGUAACGAGUGCCGGAUGGUCGACAUGCACGGAGUGAAGGUGGCUUCAUUCCUGAUGGACGGCCAGGAACUGAUCUGCCUGCCGCAAGUCUUUGAUCUUUUCCUCAAGCACCUGGUGGGAGGGUUGCACACGGUGUACACUAAACUGAAGAGACUGGACAUAUCCCCUGUGGUGUGUACUGUGGAGCAAGUUCGAAUCCUUCGUGGGCUGGGGGCCAUUCAGCCAGGGGUGAACCGCUGCAAACUCAUCACCAGAAAAGACUUCGAAACUUUGUUCACCGAUUGCACAAAUGCCAGAAGGAAGAGGCAAAUGACAAGAAAACAAGCUGUUAACAGUUCCAGACCUGGCAGGCCCCCUAAGCGUUCUCUGGGAGUAUUGCAAGAAAAUGCCCGCCUUCUGCCCCAUGCAGUCCCAGGCCUUUUAUCUCCAGGACUUAUCACUCCAACAGGUAUAACAGCUGCAGCAAUGGCUGAGGCAAUGAAGCUCCAGAAGAUGAAGCUUAUGGCGAUGAAUACUCUUCAGGGAAACGGAAGCCAAAAUGGGACUGAGUCAGAGCCAGAUGACCUUAAUUCUAACACAGGUGGAAGCGAAUCCUCCUGGGAUAAAGAUAAGAUACAGUCUCCACUUGCUGCCCCUGGACCUCAACAUGGAAUUGCUCAUGCAGCACUGACUGGCCAGCCCAGCCUUGGGAGUGCGCCUACCCUCAGUCCACUUCAGCAGAAUCACCUGCUAAGCAAUCGUCUGGAUCUGCCAUUUAUGAUGAUGCCUCAUCCCCUACUUCCAGUCAGCUUACCUCCUGCAUCAGUUGCCAUGGCAAUGAAUCAGAUGAAUCAUCUCAAUACUAUUGCCAACAUGGCUGCUGCAGCUCAGAUUCACAGUCCACUCUCCAGAGCUGGUGCCUCUGUUAUAAAGGAGCGGAUCCCAGAAAGUCCUUCUCCUGCUCCCUCUCUGGAAGAGAAUAAUUGCCCCGGGAGUCAGACUUCCUCCCACCCAAGCAGCAGUGUGUCCAGCUCUCCAUCCCAGAUGGAUCAUCAUUCAGAGAGAAUGGUUAUGAUACCCAACAAUAGAGAAGAACUUAUUGUUGACCAAGAUAAUGGACAAACCAUAAAAAUAUUCCAAAGGGAUAAUAAAGAAGAAGUACCACCUCAAAUUCCACUGAUGAAAUCACCCAUGGACAAGAUCCAGUUGGCUCCUGGACAGGCAUUGUCCCCUGGAUUCCCUGGACCAUUCAUUUUUGCUGAUAAUCUAUCCUCCGUGGAGACACUGUUGACCAACAUUCAGGGUCUGCUGAAAGUGGCUUUGGAUAACGCUCGCAUCCAGGAGAAGCAGAUUCAGCAAGAAAAGAAGGAACUUCGAAUAGAACUCUACAGAGAAAGAGAAAUUAGAGAAAAGCUGGAGAGACAACUUGCAGUUGAGCUUCAAAGCAGAAAUACAAUGCAAAAACGUCUGAAAAAGGAGAAAAAAGCUAAGAGGAAACUUCAGGAAGCCUUGGAGUUCGAAUCAAAGCGCCGAGAGCAAGUGGAGCAAGCACUGAAACAAGCUACAGCUAGCGACAGUGGUCUGAGGAUGUUGAAAGAUACGGGAAUUCCAGAUAUUGAAAUAGAAAACAAUGAGACUCCUCAUGACAGUGCUGCCAUGCAAGCCUGAACACUGAUGCCAGAACUCCAAGUGAUCAAAGACAUGGAUAGGAGGUAACUAUGACUGUUUAGCAAUGGCACAGCAGUUGUGUUCAGCCUGAACUUCCUGGCUUUACAUUAAUGAAGAUGCUUGUGAUUCCAGUAUAUAUCUGAAAAUAUUCAUCAUCGAGUUAUUUCACUUAUGUUUAUCAGGAAAGUUUUGUUUACUGAAUUAUCAUUUCUGUGUUACAUUAAGGAAGAAGGACCAUGUGCAUAUUUUAAAAGCAGUGAUGUAAACUUUGUCCGUGCAUUAGAUUGACCAAUUUAAGAACAUGAACUAAACCCUGACUAAUGUUAACUUGACUAUAUUUGAUGCAUUUUUAUGCUAAUUUCUGCUUGGCUUUUUGUCCUUCAAAGAAAAAAUACAGUAGUGUCUUAGAGAAUAGAAACUUACAUGUAUUGUUUCUCUG